AUGCUGACGGAAGACAUGAAGCUCUGGCAUGGCCUAGUGAUCGCAGUGGUGUCCAUCGUCCUGCAGGCCUGCCUCCUCGCAGCCACCAACUACCUGCUCAGCAGGCGCAUGGCCCACCAGAAUGAACAGAGACUGAAAGGGGCCAGGCUCCAGGCCCCCAAGCCCAGCUCUGCCCACCAUCACCCGCCUGCUGCCAAGGAGACGGAGACUCGGACAGAGAGAAACCCCCCUGUGGCUGACCCCCGUUACAGGCAUGACAGCGACACAUCCUCAGAUAGCUCGGACAGCUCCAGCAGCUCACCUCUCGCCCACCAGGCCGCCAAGGACGUGAACUACACGCAAGUGGUCUUUUCGACCCCGGCGGGAGUGAAAACUGAGUCUGCCCUGGACUAUGAGAACAUAAAGGAAGGCACAGAUUAUGUCAAUGUCAAUCCAAAAAGCCACACGCCCAAUUUCUGGACUUUUGUGAAUCCUGCUGUUUCUGAGCCGGUGGAAUACACUCAAGUGGCCAUGUGA